UCCUUUAGGUCAUGUUUGAGACAUACCAGUUUGCAGGCGUUUACAUCGCUAUCCAGGCUGUUCUGACGCUUUAUGCUCAAGGCCUGUUGACAGGGGUGGUGGUGGAUUCAGGCGAUGGAGUCACCCACAUUUGUCCUGUUUAUGAGGGCUUCUCUCUGCCCCAUCUUACAAGGAGACUGGACAUUGCGGGACGGGACAUUACACGCUAUCUCAUUAAGUUGCUCUUGCUGCGAGGUUACGCCUUCAACCAUUCGGCAGACUUCGAGACGGUACGCAUGAUGAAGGAGAAGCUCUGCUACGUGGGAUACAACAUCGAGCAGGAACAGAAGCUUGCUCUGGAGACCACUGUAUUGGUGGAGUCCUACACGCUCCCUGAUGGCCGGGUUAUUAAGGUAGGAGGAGAGCGGUUCGAGGCCCCAGAAGCUCUCUUCCAGCCCCACCUCAUUAAUGUGGAAGGGGUCGGAGUGGCUGAGCUUCUCUUCAACACCAUUCAAGCAGCAGACAUUGACACCAGGGCCGAGUUCUAUAAGCACAUUGUUCUGUCAGGAGGAUCCACCAUGUACCCUGGUCUGCCCUCUCGACUAGAGAGGGAACUUAAACAGCUUUAUCUAGAGCGGGUACUGAAGGGAGAUGUUGACAAGCUCUCGAAAUUCAAGAUCCGCAUCGAGGACCCUCCCCGCCGCAAGCACAUGGUGUUUCUGGGUGGGGCGGUGCUGGCUGACAUCAUGAAAGACAAGGACAACUUCUGGCUGACGCGGGAGGAGUAUCAGGAAAAGGGCGUGCGCGUUCUGGAGAAGCUCGGCGUCACCGUCAGAUAAACACGG